UUGCCCUUGAGUUCCAGACUCCGGUUGCGACGUCGUGCGUAAUUACGCAUUGCAAGGGAGGUCCCGCACGAGGGUCCCACGAACGGAGGAGCUCGAACGUGCAGAUCACCAGCAUCAUGGAGGAGGGCAAGCUGUCGCCGGUGCUGGACGGCCACCCGUCGCUUCGCAUGCCCAGUCCGCUGAUCACUCGCCGAACGCGCACCCAGUCCACGUCUGACCGCGGCAUGCGUAACCCGGACCAGAGCGGCACCAUCGUCAGCUUCUGCCGCACCAAGGGCCACGGCUUCAUCCGGCCCGACGAGCCACGCCCCGGCGAGCCGCUCAUUUUCGUCCACGUGUCCGACGUGGAGGGCGAGUACAUUCCGGUGAAGGAGGACCGCGUGACGUUCCGGCUCUGUCAGAUCCCGCCCAAGAUGGAGCGCAGCCAGGCCAUCCACGUGCGCAUUAUCAACUUUUGCCACACCAAACACCACAAGUGGAACGAUCCGCCGUCGGCCGAGGAGAAGACCGAGGACAGCGCCACCUUCGUCAACUGAACGCCGGACGGGUGGUGGCCGGCGGCGUCGCGCCGACCGCACCCUCCUCUCUGGGCGGCACCUCACCUCUGACCUGAAGAUGAAGACGUCACCUGUGACCUCGGUCGAGUCGGCGCGUGACCUGCGACCUCGGUGGAUCUGGGGUUGUGAUCUGUGACUUCCGCUGUGUCGCGGUCGUGACCUGUUACCCCGUGGCCGUCGCGGCCGGGCGCGAGGACGCCUGAGGGACCAGUGGACGCCGGGAAUCGGACAGUCCACGGCCCCGUGGCGCGCCGAACUGCCGCCGCCGACACUGGCGCACCCGGCUUCGUGGUGAUGACGGAGUUUAAGUGUGGACGCGGCCGACGCGCCGCCGCGCACGCGGCACGGCACCGCCCACAGCCGCGUGCUGCACGUGCAACGAGCCGAUCGCGCAAAAUUGCCCCUCGAGAGUCGUUUCUUGGCGGUUUUGUGAGGCGGCUGCAGUGUCCGCCGGCCGCCCACCGCACAGCGGGCCGUCGCGAUCCGUGUUAUGUCGGCGACCGCACGCCGUCGGCGGCCGUGUGAGGGUGCGCCAGCCGCAUGGUGUGAAGUUAAGUGCCUCGCGCGCGUGUCCCAUCAGUCUGUGUAGCUGGUUUCGUGUCCUGCUUUCCUGGCCGUGGCGUGCAGGCUCUCUCAAGACGUCGGCCGAAGGCCUCGGUAGACAGCUCUUCUGAGACUCUUUCCGUCGGCUGCGGCGCGACAACACCGGCUAACGGCUAAUGAAAUUAACGCGAACACUGAUCAACGCUUGGCCGGCAACAGCUUCGGUUCACCAUCGGUAGGCGGCGCGGCGAGCGCUGCGGCCGGACCGCCGCCGCCCCGGGCGUCCGCUGAGGAGUCCGAUGGCGCACCGUCACUGUGUAACUUUGUUCCGCCGCUCUCUGUGGGUGCCAUCGUCUAACAAUACAUGCGGUAGAGUAGAG